AUGGAGAAGCCAAGCCAAACGCACAACAACCCCGUGGAGGAGGCCCCACCGACGAAGCGUCGUAAAACGAUGAAAGCUCAAGCGAGAAAUCCGUAUGGGGAAGACUACGGGAAGAAGACCCCGGCUUGGGCUGAUGUAGCUGCAGAUUUGGAAGUGGACGUCGACGGUCGCCGUUGCCGCGAGCGCUGCAACCAGCUCGUAGAUGCGUAUGAGGCAAAGCAGAAGGCGAGUGAGAAACGAAGCGGGCCGUGUGAAGAGUACACCCCGAAGGACGAAUGUCUGGUGGAGCUGCUGGAGCUGCGCGAGAUAGAGGCGCUGCUGAAGAACGACAAGAAGCAGCCGAAGGACCAGCAGCAGCAGGAGGACGAGCAAGCUAGCGCUAUGCGCGACGCAGCCUUAGAAGGGAUGAGCCGAGGAGGAGGAAAAGGUGGAUCGCAGCAGCAGCAACUGGUUGCUUAUCUCGAACGCCGCGACCAAGUCGCUCAAGCACUGGAAGGGAGGAAGGUCGCCAACGAGGAGAAGCGGCUUGCGUUGGAGGAGCGACGCCUGGAACUGCAAGAGCUGCGAAUGGAAUUUGAGCGAGACGAGCGACUUGCGUUUAUUGAAAUGUUAAAGGCUGUCGUCAGCAAGACUAGUUCGUAG